AUGUUGAAUUUUGAUCAAGUUUCUAAUAAAUUCACGGAAUUAAAUAGUUCAGAAUCAAAUGAAAUGAACUUAUUAGACUUUGAUUUUGUUAGUGUUGAUGAUUGGGAUUUUAAUGUGGAAGAAAUAGAGCCGUUGAUGAACCUAACUCAACCGCAGAAGCUAGUUCAAAGGAAAAAUGAUUGUACAAGUCUUAUAAAGAAUUCAGGUUCUCGUCUAGAUUGUCCGAUGUGGGAUUUUUCUCAUCAACAAUCUCAAUUGCCUUCAUCAUUCAAGAUCCUGAAAGAUUAUGACACAACAAGGUUCAUCAAAAGAUCAAAAACAGAACAGAACAUCAUUAUUAGAAAUGAAUGUAUCAAGGAACACAAUGGAUCUAUGUUAUCUACAGACGAAAUCCUUCGUUUAGGUGCUGAAAAGUUCAUCCAAUCGUUUACCAUUCGAGGUGAUAAAGAACCAUACAUGUUUAGCCAUCCAUUCGCGAGCUCAUUUCUUGGCCUUCCUGAGGAAGACACUAGAAAUGUGGCACUAGUCGAAAAUCUUCUUGCUUCUGCUGAGAAAGUAGGACAGAAACAGUUUGAUCGCGCUAGAAGGAUUCUCAACGAGUGUGAUAAGUUGUGUUCCAACACUGGAAAUGCAAUUCAGAGAUUAGUAUACUACUUUUCUCAAGCACUUCAUGAGAGAAUUGAUAGGGAAACGGGGAGAGAUUCAUCGAAAGGAAUUGAAAUGAAACGAUUAGUACAACAUAUCGAGCAUUCGUUGAUGAACUUAAACCUCACUAUGAUUGCAGCACAUCAGAACAUACCUCUGUCUCAGGUGACUCAGUUUACUGCUGUUCAAGCCAUUAUAGAUCAUGUAGGAGAAUCGAAAAAGGUUCAUAUAAUCGAUCUCAAGAUAGGUAGUGGUAUGCAAUGGACAAUCUUGAUGCAAGCUCUUGUCACACAUCAAUUUGAAUCUGAAUCAUCAAUCAAACAUCUCAAGAUAACUGCUUUAUGUACCAAACUGAGGCAUAAAAUUGAGGAAACACGUGAACGAUUGAUGGACUUUGCAAAGUCAUUGAACUUGCCCUUUUCUUUCAACAUUGUGAUGGUUAAGGAUAUGACAGAGCUAAAGCAAGAAGAUUUUGAGAUAGAUGAUGAUGAAUCAAUUGCUAUCUUCGCGCAAUACAUCCUAAUGUGGAUGUUAGCGCGACCAGACAAGCUUGACUCUUUGAUGAGAGUUAUCAAAGGUAUAAAUCCUCGAGCAAUGAUCGUUAUAGAAGUGGAAGCAAACCAUAAUUCACCAGUAUUCGUGGACCGGUUUGUGGAAGCCCUUUUUUUCUAUGGUGCAUUUUUUGACUCGUUGGAGGAUUGCAUGAAGAACGAUGAACGAAACAGGACAGCCACAGAACUGGAGCAUCUGAGCCAGGGAAUAAGAAGCAUUGUGGCAACUGAGGGUAAGGAAAGGACCAUUAGACAUGUAAAAGUAGACGUCUGGAGGGCGUUUUUCGCGCGAUAUGGUAUGGAGGAAAUGGAGCUAAGCAUGUCAUCAUUGUAUCAGGCAAACUUGGUGCUCAAGAAUUUUGCUUGUGGGAGUUGUUGCACACUGGAAAUGAACAAAAAUUGUCUACUAAUUGGAUGGAAAGGAACCCCUCUUAAUUCACUUUCUGCUUGGAAAUUUUCUUGA